GAGGCGGGGCGAAGAGCGGGCUGACGUCCCAGAUUCCGAAUCAGCUGCAGCGAGGCCGGAUGGCGCGCUACUUGCAGAGGAGCAACUGCGGACACCGGGGAGAGGGGCUGAGGGCUACCGCGGCUCUAGCCCCUGGGCAACUCCUCUACUCUGCUUCCCCCUAUGCUUGCAUUCCCUCCAAGAAAGCCAGAGGGUCCAUCUGUGAACACUGUUUUUCCAGGAAAGAAUCUCUCCUGCGAUGUUCGCAGUGUAAGUUGGCGAGAUAUUGCAACGCUACCUGCCAGAAACUGGCCUGGCCGGAACACAAGCGUGAAUGCAAGUGUUUGAGAAGCAUCUAUCCUCAAGUCCCAACUGACAUGGUUAGGCUGGUUGGGAGGAUAAUCUUCAAAUUGAUGAGUGGGUUGCCCUGUCCUUCCGAGGAGCUGUACUCUGUGUCGGAUCUUCAGUCCAAUGUCAAAGAGAUGAGUGAAGAAAUGAAAGAAGGCCUUGGGCAACUUGCAGCUAUGCUGCAAGUUUAUAUGAAAGAAGAAAUUCACAAUGCAUCCCAGCUGGUUCCUGGUUUUAAUCUUCUUCACCUCUUUGGUCAAGUGACGUGCAACUGUUUCACUGUCAGUGACGGCGAGAUGCAAGAAGCUGGUGUUGGCCUCUAUCCCAGCCUGUCUCUGCUGAACCACAGCUGUGACCCAAACUGCGUGAUGGUCUUCGAAGGGAAAUUGCUCCAGCUUCGUGCUGUUCAAGAUAUUCGUCAGGGUGAAGAGCUAACGGUCAGUUAUAUCGAUGUCAUGGCAACAAGCCAGGAGCGACGGAGACUGACCGAGAGGCAGUACUGCUUUACAUGUGACUGCAGACACUGUGAGACCGGACACAAGGAUGCUGAUCGGCUGGCUGGUGACGAGCGCUUCUGGACACAAGCCAAGGACACCAUUCCAAAAGUGGAAGAAUUACAGGCUGCUGCAUACUGGCAGCAGCUUGUGGACACCUGCCGAACUUUUACAAGUAAAAGUCAAGAUGUCCUUCCAGACACGAACCUCUAUCUGCUGAAGAUGCUCGAUGCCACCAUGGAUGCUUGUAUUAACCUCAGUCGGUGGGAGGAGGCCUUGUCCUUUGGCCUGAGGACCCUGCACCCCUAUCAGUUGUACUACGCCGGUCCUCAUCCCGUGAGAGGAGUGCAGCUGAUGAGGGUGGGAAAACUACAGCAUCACCUGGGGAAGCUGAGCCAAGCGCUGGACACUCUAAAGCAGGCAUUUGACAUUCUGAAGGUGACCCACGGAAGAGAACAUCCCUUGACCAGGAACCUGCAGCAGCUUCUGGCAGACUGCGAGGCAGAACUCAACAGCAAGCUGGAUUAGAUGUGAAUACCAGCUGUGUGUGUGUGUGUGUGUGUGUGUGUGUGUGUGUGUGUUUGUGCAUCCACACACUGUCAUGCACCUACAAGUGUGGCCCAGAGUAUGUGCCUACAACUGUUUAGUGCAGACACACGUACCUGUACGUACAAAUACCUGGCUGUGUGAGUAAGCCUCAAGUAGCCUUAAUGCUAGACCAAAGCAAAGAAAGAGAAAAGAACAUAGUUACUUAAAAAAAAUGCUGAAACUUCUCAGCAGGUCAGGCGUCCUUUGUGGAAACAGAAACAGUUAAUGUUUCAGGGCUGGGACCGUUCAUCAGAACUGACCCUUCACCAGUCCUAAUGUAGGAUGUCAGACCUCAAACGUUAACAGUUUUUCCAUUCACAGACCUGAUGAGUACUUGCAGCAUUUUCUGUUCCUCUUUUAGAUUUCCAGUGUCAGCAUUUCUGUUUUGAUUGCGUAAAACUAGACUAACGCAAGAAGAUGAAAUGGACUGUAUUGAAUUCCACGGUGACGUACGAGCAUUCCCCAUUGGCAUAACAGACACUGAGCAAAGUCCACAAAAGUUGUGGGUGGCCACUCGUGUUAUAAUUAAAUCCCAUCCCAUUGGUUCAGUUCGUGUCACCCCUUGGGGAGGACCUGGAGAAAGCUUCUCUAGCCUCCUAGAUGUCAUGGAGAUGAGGUUCCUUGAGGCAAAACCAAGUCAGCCAAAGUAAAAGGCUCUGAGCCCUGUUAAAACCCAUUUUCUUUCCUCUGUUUGUAUGCUUUGAUUUCAAUAAACGAACUACUGGGAUUGCCCAUUUCUUUCUGACCCAGUGAAUGAAUGGUCCAAAGAUAAAAAGGGUUUAACUGAAUUCAAGAGACUGCAAUAUCACAGCUUUGAAAAACUUUAUCAGGACUGCUCAUAGUUCAGGCUCUGUGGUGAGGAAACCCAUUUCUUUCCAAACCUAUGGAAUAUAGAAAAGCCUAGAUACAGUUGAUGUGGAAAAGACGUUUCCUAUAGUGGGGGAGUCAAGGACCAGAGGGCACAACCUUGGAAUGCAAGGACAUCCCUUUAAAACAGAGAUGAGGAAGAAUUUCUUUAGCCAGAAGGCAUUGAAUCUGUGAAUUUCUUUGUCACAGAUGGUGGUGGGUCUAUUUAAAGUGGAGGUUGGUAGGUUCUUGAUUAGUAAGGGCAAAAAAGGUAAUGGGGAAAAGGCAGGAGAGUGCAGUUGAGAGAGAUAAUGUAUUGUCGAUGAUAGAAUGAUAGGGCAGACACGAUGGGCUGAAAGGCCUAACUCUGCUCCUAUGUCUUAUGGACUUACAGUCUUCCUUCAGUUGACAUAAAUUCUAAUGUAAGCCUUAAAACUGAUGUAAACAUCCUCUCCAUGUACAUUCUAUCCUGGCCUUUCAAUAGUCAGUAAGUUUCAGUGAGGAAGCCCCUCAUCCUUCUGAACUUCACUGAGUAAAGGCACGGAAAUAUCAAUUGCUCCUCUCACUCCUCCAGGCUGAUGUACAUGUGACUGCUGACCCACCACUAUGUGCUCCAGAAUGGCCUUAUAAAACCAGCUCAUUCAGAGAAUCUUCUUCCAUAUCACAUGAAGGCAUUCACCUCAAUGCCCUCACUGGCCUCCUUAAGAUACCAGUUGAACAGCUGAGGUUCCUCCUGCGACAAGUUAAAUAGUCCUAGUCUGGGACUCACGGUCAUUGAUCUGGCCCCCUUACGUUUGCAAGUUAUGAAGAAUUUGUACAUCCUUGCCUUGCAUGGAUUCUGUUGAUGUCAGUCCACUCUCUUUGGGGGGAAAGCUGAAGCCAGAGAACUCUGUAGGGUCAAUUACAAGGCCGAAGGUUAUUGGGAUACAACUUGGAAACAGGCCCUUCACUGCACCAAAGCUGUGGCAACCAUAAUUACCCAUUAAUCCCAUUUUUAUUCCCCUCUCCGCAUUCCCAUCAACUCCACCCACAUGAUACUGAUGCCUACAGACACAAAGCAGGGGAGAAACAGCCCACAAUGUCUGUGCUGACCAUGAUGUCAAAUAAAACCAAUCCCAUAUACCUGCACAUAAUCAUAUCCUAUUCACAUAUCUUAUCUACAUGCCCCAUAAUCCUCACUCUUGUACCUGUAUCCAUCACCUCCACUGCCAGCACAUUCCAGGCAUUUUUACCACUCUCAGUGUAAAAAUACUUGCCUCAUCUCCUUUCAGCCUACCUCCUCUUACCUUAAAACUCUGACCUUUCAAUCUUGGGAGAUGACUCUAUCCAACAGCUAAUUCGCCUACCAGCCUACUCAUCUUUAAAAUGAACAAGGAAACCGGAGCACCUAGAGGAUAUGUGAUCAGGUGCAAACUCCACACAGACAGUGCCCAACAUCAAGAUUGAUUCUCUUUCUCUACUGGCCCACUUUGCAGUCUUAGAAAAGCACUUGAAAGCAAUAGAAACUCUGAGAAAUCAGAGAACUUUGGAUUCAAAUAGAUUACUUGUUGCAGCCAUCCUCACAGAUCUUGGUCAUUGUUAGAAAAGGACCAUAUCAGUAAAGUGAACACUGUGUCUAAUUAGAGAACAUCUCAUUGUCCAGUUAUAAAGAUGUUGUUCAUUUAAGCCUCAAACACAUAAGUUCUGCAGAUGAUGGAAAUCUUGAGCAACGCACACUAAAUGUUGGAGGAACUCAGCAGGUCAGUCAGCAUCUGUAGAGGGAAAUAGUCAAUGUUUCAGCCAAGACUUUUCUUCACAGACUUAUGCCUUCUUCCUCUCCAGUCCUGAUGAACCCAGUUAUGAUUAUAGAGGUACACAGGAUGAUAAGAGGCAUGAUUGAGUGGACAGCCAGAGACUUUUUUCCCAAAGUGGAAAUGGCUAAUAUAAGGGGCAUAAUUUUAAGGUGAUUGGAGGAAACUAUCAGAGGUAAGUUCUUUACACCAAAAGUGGUAGGUGCAUGGAACAUCAUGUCAGGGCUGAUGGUAGAGGCAACACAUUAGAGGCAUUUAAGAGACUCUUAGAAAGGCACCUGAGUGCUAGAAAAAUGGAGGGCUAUGUAGGAGGAAAGGGUUGGAUUGAUUGUAGAGUAAGUUAUAAGGUGGACACAACAUUUUGGGCUGAAGAGCAUGUAGUGAACUGAACUGUUCUAUGUUCUAUGAAACAUCAACUAUUUAUUUUCCGACAUAGAUGCUGCCUGAACUGCUGAGUUCCUCCAGCAUUUUAAGUGAAUGUAUAUUGCUCAUAUAAGCCACAUUGCCAAACAAUUGAACUUGGCCAUUUACAUAUGAGAAUUGGGUUGUUUAAUACAAGGAAAUUCUUGUGUUAACACCUGCACUAUAAUACCUACAGCUUCCAUUUGAAUGGAAAUGGAAACAUGGUAGCUGAGGACCUGGAAUUAUUCCAAGAACCUGCACCAACGAGAUGGAGAUGCCGUUCAAUGUCAGCACAGCAGUUGGGAAUUUUAAUUUAAUUAAUUAGUAACCCAAAAUUAAUAGGAAAAGCUUUGAACUUUAAAACAUUUGGGGCAAAUGUUGAGGUAAGAUAUAAAAUCUGGUGUGGUCCUUUCAGGAAAUAAUCUGCCCCACGUAAUAUAUUCGGCAGAUGAUGGAAAUCCAGAAUCACACAAAUGGGAUGUGGGUGUCACCAGCUAAGCUGGCAUUUAUUGCCCAUCCCUUCUUGCCCUUCAGAAAGUAGUGAUGUGCUACCUUCUUGAACCACUGCAGUCCCUGAGGUGUAAGUACACCUACAGAGCUGUUAAGGAGGGAAUUCCAUGAUUUUGACCCAGCGACAGGGAAAGAACGGUGAUAUGUUUCAAAGUCAGGAUGAUGAGUGACUUGGAGAAGAUUUCCAAGUAUCUACUGUUCACAUACCAUCAAUGCAGAACAUUUCACUACAUCAAGGAAGUAUGGGGGUCGACAAAACAGAAUGCAGAAUAAUAUGUUAGAGUUACAGAGGAUGUGCAGUACAAGGUGCAAGAUGAGAUAGAUUGUGCGGUAAAGACUCCAUCUUUUUGUACAAAAGAUCCAUUCAUUAGUCUUACAAACUACCCAGUUACAAUACAUUUUCUACAAAUUGCGAAUAGCCUUCAUUUCUUGGCCCUACUUGGGAAGAGUUAGAUGUAGUCAGAGAAAAUGAAGGUUACAGAGCAGCUUCACAAAAUGGUAGACUCCAUUGCUUCGAGCUCAUGCUAAGAACAAAGACAACUGGCUUGUCUACUUCCACUAUCCUUGACCCAUUCAAGUUUAAUGUUUUCUUCCAUAUUUUAAUACCUUCAUGGCCAACAUGGGGAGAGUUAGAUGUAGUCACACAAUGCCUUACUGGUGACAUCCAUGUCCAUUGAGUGGAUGCAAGAACACCUGUGAGAAAAUAUAUUUCUUGAAGCUGGAAGGAUCUGAUUUGUGGUAUAAUCCAUUAUUGAAGAGCUAAUUGCAUAGGAUUCACAGCCCAAGUCUUAGCGCCAGACAGUAAUGUAUUCUCUUGGAGUGUGUUAAAUGAUUAAUGUGAUGACAGCUCUUCAUAACCCUGUCAUCCAUGGAUGAUGAUGUUGGAACUCUUGGAGGGAAACUUCUUUUUGAAGAAAAGUUGCAUUUAUCAGCUACCUUAUCAAGCUUUUGUGAAGGAAGUAUCAGAGAAUGUGGUGUUACAUGGUAUUCAUUCAGCUCAGCCAGUCCUUCACCAUCGUUUCCUGUAACCUCGCUUUUGGUUGACACUGUGUUCGCCAUUGCAGUCAUGUUAAUAUUUCAGAAGUAGUUCUUUUACUGUAGAGUACUUUGAGUUGUCUUAAUGUAAGGAAAGGUGCUGUAUAAAGGUACACCUUUUUUUCUCAGGAUAUAAUGAAUAAUUCUAAAUGUUACUGUUGAUAUAAUAAAUAAUUCUCUGAAUGAUUUCCUAAUAAAAGUACUGCAUACUUUCAAAUUUGGCAUUUUUUUAGUUA